UGUACCUUUCAAUAUUGUGUUAUACAUCCCCAGCUUUGAAUAAAAACACCCAAACAGGCCCAAUUACCAAACCUACACAAUUUAUAAUAAAAUUUAUAAAUAAACAGGCGCUGGCAUCUCAACUACUACUUUAGUUUAUACACACAACACAUCAAGACCCAGAUUCCUCGGCAAUCACAACAGACUCAAUGGUUAACAUCUUCGCCAGUAAACAACUAUCCCUGUCAAUAUUUAACAACUCUUGUCCCCAGUUGUAUCCCUGAUUCACUGAUUACUUGCUCCGCAAAAAAGAGACUGAGCUCCCAAUGCUUAAUAUUUAACAAGUACCCAGGAAUUUAAAUAUACCAUCCAAUCUUCGAAGUCAGAUUUCAUGACACAGAUAUAUUCUUAAUAACAGCAUCCAGUCGUGGACCAGCUUUAAACAAAACAGGAGUUCGCCUGAAAUUUAGAUCUCCAUCGCCGCUCCAGCUAUUUUUCAAAUGCAGUGACGAAAGCGCUGACGCAAUUGUGUCGGUUCUUAAUAGUCCAAGAACACACACUAGAUAUAGCUUUUAGCUUCGUCUUCUCCUUAUGCACCAGCGAAAAAUAUGGCCAAGGAGCAAGCUGAGAUGUCGGUGUUUGAGCUAGAGGAGCUAGGAAGAAGCUCAAGGUCUUCAUUCCGUCUCCAUGGCUCUAUGUCUCGGAGAAAUUCCAGCAUUGGGUCAGCAAGGGAGGGAGAUGAUGAGUAUGAGCUCCAGUGGGCAGCGAUCGAGAGAUUAGAAACCUUUGAACGAGUGAGAAAGUCUGUCGUUGAUGGAGAUAGCAGUGAGAAUCAGAAAGAGAAAAAGGUGGCUGAUGUCACCAAGCUCGGGGCUCCGGAGAGGCGUCUGCUCAUCGAGAAGCUCAUCAAGAACAUUGAGAAUGAUAACCUCCGGCUGCUGCAGAAACAAAGAGUGAGAAUAGACAGAGUAAAUGUGGAAGUUCCCACUAUUGAAGUGCGAUAUAAGAACUUGUCUGUUGAAGCCGAGUGUGAAGUAGUUAAAGGGAAGCCUCUACCGACUUUAUGGAAUGCUGUCAAAGGAAUUUUUUCGGGUCUUGCAAAGGUGCCUGGUUUGAAGAGUGAAGAAGCAAAGAUAACGAUCCUAAGUGAUGUCAGUGGCAUUAUCAAGCCUUCCAGGAUGACUCUCUUACUUGGACCUCCAGGAUGCGGAAAAACUACUUUGUUCCUAUCACUUGCAGGGCAGUUAGACAAGAAUCUCAAGGUAACAGGAGAAAUUUCAUAUAAUGGCUUCAGAUUGGAAGAGUUUGUGCCGGAGAAAACAGCAGCUUAUGUAAGCCAAUAUGAUCUGCACAUUCCUGAGAUGACAGUGAGGGAGAUUUUGGAUUUUUCCGCACGCUUUCAAGGUGUUGGAAGUAGAGCUGAAAUUAUGAAGGAAGUCAGUAGAAGGGAGAAGCAGGCUGGAAUUAUCCCUGAACCUGACAUAGAUACAUACAUGAAGGCAAUUUCUGUGGAGGGAUUAGAACGAAGUCUCCAAACAGACUAUAUACUGAAGAUAAUGGGACUGGAUAUAUGUGCAGAUACAAUGAUUGGAGAUGUCAUGAGAAGAGGGAUCUCGGGUGGCCAAAAGAAAAGAUUGACAACAGCUGAGAUUAUUGUUGGACCGACAAAAGCUCUAUUUAUGGAUGAAAUAUCAACCGGAUUAGACAGCUCCACAACAUACCAAAUUGUUUCUUGUUUUCAACAGUUGGCUCACAUCACAGAAACUACUAUCGUAGUUUCACUUCUCCAGCCUGCUCCUGAGACCUAUGAUCUCUUUGACGAUGUCAUCCUAAUGGCUGAAGGGAAGAUUGUAUAUCAUGGUCCUCGUAAUGAAAUUCUUAAUUUUUUUCAAGAAUGUGGUUUCAAAUGCCCAAAGAGGAAAGGAGAAGCUGAGUUUUUGCAGGAGGUAUUGUCCAGAAAAGAUCAAGAACAAUAUUGGUCUCAUCCACAAGAACCAUAUCAUUAUGUCUCAGUAAAUCAGUUUCGCGAGAAAUUUAAGGCAUCCAUUGUUGGACAUAAACUUGAAGAGGAUCUAUCAAAGCCCUAUGACAAGUCUCAGUGUCAUGAGAGUGCUUUAUCUUUCAGCAUUUAUUCACUAGCAAAGUGGGAACUAUUCAAAGCCUGCAUGGCGAGGGAACUUCUUCUGAUGAAGAGGAAUUCCUUCGUGUACAUAUUCAAAACAACUCAGCUCUCCCUUACUGCAAUCAUCACAAUGACUGUUUUCCUACGCACACGUUUGGGUGUUGAUGUUUUUCAUGCCAAUAGCUACCUCGGAGCACUGUUUUACACACUAAUCAUCAAUAUGGUCAAUGGAUUUCCAGAGUUGGCUAUGACUGUUUCAAGACUACCGGUGCUCUACAAGCAGCGAGAUUUUUACUUCUAUCCUGCAUGGGCUUACGCAAUUCCCGCUUUUCUCUUAAAAUUCCCUAUCUCUUUGAUAGAGUCUUUAGUAUGGACAUCUAUUACUUAUUAUGGAAUUGGAUACAGCCCAGAGGCAGUAAGGUUUUUCCGUCAAUUUCUUCUACUUUUGGUUGUGCACCAGAUGUCACUUUCUCUAUUUCGUUUUCUUGCCUCAUAUUUUCAGACAGUAGUGGCUUCUUCGGUUAGUGGUACCUUGUCUUUACUAGUUCUCCUGGUAUUUGGGGGUUUCAUUCUCCCACAUCACUCUAUGCCUGGCUGGUUAAAAUGGGGAUUUUGGUGUUCCCCGUUAUCAUAUGCAGAGAUAGGCUUGGCAGUAAAUGAGUUUCUUGCACCACGGUGGGGAAAGAUUUCAUCAGCAAAUACAACUAUAGGAAAGCAAGUUUUGACAAGCCGAGGACUGGACUUCAAUGGCUAUUUUUACUGGAUAUCAGUGGGUGCCUUGGUCGGAUAUAUUUUACUUCUCAAUGUGGGAUUUACUUUGGCGAUAACUCUCAGAAAACCACCAGUGGCAUCUCGAGCGAUCAUCUCCCGCGAGAAACUUUCUCAAAUAAAGAGAGAAGAAGGCUCCAGUAAUGCAAUGGACUUAAAGAAUAUAUCCAAAGAUGCAUCUUCUGGAACUUCCGCAGAAAAUAGGAGAACAGGUAGAAUGGUUUUACCAUUUGUUCCUCUCACAGUAGCCUUUCGAGAUAUUCAAUACUAUGUCGAAACUCCUCUGGAAAUGAGAGAACAAGGCCAUGCAGAAAAGAGACUACAGCUCCUCCACAAUAUUACAGGUGCAUUCCGUCCUGGAAUUCUGUCAGCGCUGAUGGGUGUCAGUGGUGCAGGAAAGACCACACUAUUGGAUGUUCUCGCUGGAAGAAAAACAGGGGGUACUAUUGAAGGGGGCAUAACAAUUGGAGGAUAUCCUAAGGUACAACAAACAUUUGCCAGGAUAUCAGGUUACUGUGAGCAGAGCGACAUACAUUCUCCACAUAUUACUGUAGAAGAGUCAGUAAUAUAUUCAGCUUGGCUGAGGCUUCCAUCUCAAGUUGAUCGAACAACUAGAUCGGAUUUCGUUGAUGAAGUCCUUGAAACAAUUGAGCUUGAUGGAAUCAAAGACUCUUUAGUGGGGAUACCUGGUAUCACUGGAUUAUCUACUGAACAGCGGAAAAGACUGACAAUUGCCGUAGAGCUUGUUGCAAAUCCCUCCAUUAUAUUCAUGGAUGAACCAACGUCAGGUUUGGAUGCUAGAGCAGCAGCAAUUGUUAUGCGUGCCGUAAAAAAUGUUGUUGGGACAGGAAGAACAGUGGUCUGCACUAUUCACCAACCUAGUACUGAUAUAUUUGAGGCAUUUGAUGAGCUAAUUCUCAUGAAAAGGGGAGGUGAAUUGAUAUAUGCUGGGCCAUUGGGUCAGCAUUCAACUAAAGUUAUUGAGUACUUCGAGGGUAUUGCUGGAAUACCAAGGAUAAGGAAUAAUUAUAAUCCAGCAACAUGGAUGUUGGAAGUUACCUCUACAUCUGUUGAAGCGCAACUUAAUGUAGAUUUUGCACAAAUAUACAAAAGUUCGUCACUCUACAGGGAUAACCAAGAGCUAGUCAAACAACUGAGCAAACCAGCACCAGACUCAGCUGAGCUACAUUUCCCCACCCGUUUUCCGCAAAACGGUUGGGCUCAGUUCAAAGCUUGCUUAUGGAAGCAGUACCUGUCAUACUGGAGAAGUCCUUCAUAUAACUUAGUGCGCUUGAUAUUUAUAACUAUUUCUUCAACGGUAUUUGCAGUUUUGUUCUGGAAGCAUGGGAACACAAUAAACAACCAACAAGAUCUGUUCAACAUAUUUGGAUUGUUGUAUAUUACUACAAAUUUCUUCGGCAUAAACAAUUCGUCAUCAGUUUUGACGUUUGUAGCAACUGAACGCACUGUUCUCUACCGUGAAAGAUAUGCAGGAAUGUACUCUCCAUGGGCCUACUCAUUUGCACAGAUGGUUAUUGAGAUUCCUUAUGUAUUCAUCCAAGUAGGACUGUUCAUGGUCAUCAUAUAUCCAGCAAUUGGGUUUUAUUGGUCGGCUUAUAAGUUCUUAUGGUUCUUCUUCACAAUGUUCUGCACAUUGCUCUAUUUUGUUUACCUAGGAAUGUUGAUUGUUUCUUUGACCCCUAAUGUUCAAGUCGCUUCAAUAUUGCAAUCUCCCUGCUAUGCCCUUUUAAAUCUCUUCUCAGGCUUUAUGGUCCCAAGCCCACAAAUUCCGAAGUGGUGGAUUUGGUUUUACUAUAUCAACCCCAUGGCCUGGACAAUAAAUAGCCUCUUAACUUCACAAUAUGGAGACGUAGACAAAGAGAUAAUGGUGUUCGGAGAAGUGAAAUCAAUUUCCUCUUUUAUAAAGGAUUACUUUGGGUACCACCAUGAUCAUCAGGGAUUUGUGGCUGUUAUUCUCAUCGCCUAUCCUCUCAUCUUUGGUUGUCUUUUUGCAUAUUGUAUAGAAAAGCUAAAUUUUCAAAGAAGAUGAACAAGAAGCUUCUGUACCAGAAAAUAAACAUUUGAAAUAUAAAAGUAGCAUGGACUUCUUACCAUUUAAUAGUUGUAUAUGCAAAAUUUCAUACCAAACUGCAUGCAUGGUUGAGCAUGGUAUAUAUAUUAUAUAUCAUGCAAUGCAAAUAUCCUACCAUAUAUGUGAUGGAAGUAAUUCUCCUGUUAAUGGAUGCACACACACACACACUGAAGAAGAAGAAAAUCUGAUUUUGGUGACUUCACCACGCACCACAACUUUACUGAUAUAUAUAUAUAUAAGAAACUGAAUACAAGAACGUGCAAACGUGCAGACGUGCACAAGAAACCUGAAAAGAAAAAACAACUAACUGGAAACUAUCCAACUAAAUAACCAACUUAACAUAUUGUUGUUUUUUGUUGGCCCAAUAAGUUGGCCCGUUACUCUAUAGGCCCAGCUCCCCAAGACUUUUGCCCUAGCCCCUCUUAUUUUCUUCUCCUACCCGAUAUCUCUAAAUCCCCUCCGAUCUCUGUGAUUUGAUGGCCGCCGCUUGUGAGCUCCCAUCCGUAGGCCGGCUCACUCCUUCGUUUUCUUCCCUAGCUCCUCUCCCUUGUCGGCUGCCCCCAUCCCUAUAUAUGGGUAAUGGGUUGGUAGUAGCUCUGGAGAGGGAUGAAGAGGAAAUAGAGACGGUGAUGAGAUUAGAGCUUGGUGCUCCUCCCCUUUGUGCGAUCUCCUUUCCGGAGAGCUUUGUGCUCCUGUGAGCUUUGUGCGAACCCU